AUGGAAGAAUUCCAGUCCCGACCGGAUCUGGUUGUAUCCAUCGACUUUGGGAUGACAUGCACUGGUGUUGCGUAUUGCAAUGUAGCGACCGGAUCUGAUAGUGUGCGGCACAUUCAACGCUGGCCAGGAAGAACACAAGCAAAUGAAAACAAAGUGCCAACACUGCUCGUAUACCCGCAGGACUCCACAACACCGUCAUCAUGGGGCUUUCUGGCCGAAACCGCACAGGAAAUUAGUGGUGUAGGUUAUGAGAGCAGGGAGUGGUUCAAGAUCAUGCUUGAUGAGGACCUGCUAGAACAAAUGCGGAUGAAGUCUAGUGAGCCAUCCAAAGUACCACAAAUACACGAAGUAGAGAAAUGGUACACCGAUUAUUUCCAUUAUCUCUAUCGUACGAUCGAAGCAAGACUACGAGGCGAACUCGCAAGCAGAUGGGAAGAUGCGAAAAUCGAGUUCAUCUUCUCGGUACCCACAACCUGGAAGCCAAUACCGACCGUGGAGCGAUUUAGGAAGACUAUCUCUGCAGCCGGGUUUGGCUCAUGUUCCAACCACACAGCGUCAAUUGGGCUGACGGAGGCCGAGGCGGCUGCCGUACAUACAGCACGUAGUAUGCCAGGUAUCUUCAAGGAAAACGAGAUACUCUUCGUGUGCGACGUAGGAGGAGGUACAACGGAUCUAUCGGUCUUUCGCGUGAAGAACAUACACGGUGGCUCUCUCAACCUUGAACAGAUUGACGUAGUGUUCGGCGCCACUAUCGGAGCCGCACAACUCGACAGCCUAUUUGAGAAGGAGGUGCUACAGCGACUACAGCAUGCCGAUAGCCUCCAGCCGAUGGGUCUGAUGGAUAUCAAUCAGGCGGCAUGGGAGAUGCGAAUCUCGAAGGAAUACCAAAACGCAAAAUGCGACUAUGGCUCGGAAGAGUCUUUCAUGGACACUGAGACCUUCGCAGUGCGGGUACCCAAGCUCGACAGAGCGUAUAUAAACCGAGAAUGCGCUAUCAGUGGAGGGGACAUACACUUCCAAAGAGACGAUCUAAAGAUCUUUUUCGACACUCAAGUGUCUAAACUUUUUGACAUGAUGGACAAGCAGCUGGCUCGUGUCCGGCAGAAGUUCCCAACGGAACAAGUCUCUCAUCUCGUUCUCUCUGGAGGUCUCGGCAAUUCCGCAUAUGUUCAACACUGUUUACGAAGCCGAUAUGCGUUUGGAAGUACGCCACACUCUAACGCGCAGAAUAUGCAGAUCCGCAUCGCUCCCGAUCCCCAACUCGUCGUUUGCAAGGGCAACGUAGCCGAUCGCGUUCAGAAGCUAAAAACUGGACAGUCGGUUCUUGGGUGGCGGUGUUGUCGCGCAUCUUACGGUACGAUGUGUAAAAUUUUGUACGAUCCUUACGACCCUGCCCACAAUGGGCUGAGGACGGAAGUGGAUCCAUUGGAUAAGAGGACGUACGUCAUGGACUGCAUCGACUGGUUCAUCAAGCAGGGCGAACCAGUAUCGAGUGACCAUCCGAUAGUGAAGAGUUUCCAACGGAAGUGCCCACCAGCCUCAUCCAAGAAUCCCAAUCCGCCAAGGAUCUACCCUACAGAAGUGAUAUGCACUGAAGUUGACAAGUCUCAGCUUCCUCUAGUGAAGAACAGUGCGUGCCGUUCGAUCUGUAAGAUCGAGUCAGAUUUCUCAUCCCUCCCUCUUUCCCUCUUUAAACUCAAAAAUCGACACUGGUGGAACUCUGGACCAAAGUACCAUCGCAUCAACUACGUCGUCAAAGUCAACCUUGGGGCUGCCGAUGUAUCCUUCGAACUGUGGCAUAAUGGCGUCAAGCUGUCUAAAGACAACUCCAUCAAAGUCGAGUGGCAAGCAAGUGCACCACCUGAUCCAAAUGCGACGGUCAUAGCGCCCGACUUCCCGAUGAACAGCUUGCCGGCAGUAUCGACUCACAAUAUGGCUCGUCACCGCACAAGAGUGGUGAGUGGCGACGGUAAUGGUAGAAUGGCGAUGAACUGGGGGAAGUGGGAGAACAAGAAUGGCGUUCGGUCUCAAGUGAUGUUGGCUCCGCAGAAUGGGUCAAGGGUGUGGUAG